CGCGCGCCCUCUUCCGCUUCAGCUGCCGCCGCUCGCCCGCCCGCGCUGCCUCCAGGGAUCCCGCCACGAUGUCUCUCUCCAACAAGCUCACCCUCGACAAGGUGGACGUGAAGGGCAAGCGGGUGGUCAUGAGGGUUGAUUUCAAUGUCCCAAUGAAGAACAACCAAAUAACCAACAACCAAAGAAUCAAGGCAGCUAUUCCAACCAUCAAGCACUGUUUGGACCAUGGAGCCAAGUCUGUGGUACUAAUGAGUCACCUUGGGCGACCUGAUGGAGUUCCUAUGCCUGACAAGUUCUCUCUGGAGCCAGUGGUAGCAGAACUCAAAACAUUACUAGGCAGGGACAUCUUGUUUCUAAAAGACUGCGUAGGUCCAGAGGUGGAAAAGGCUUGUGCUAAUCCUCCAGCUGGUUCAGUUAUUCUCCUGGAGAACCUCAGGUUUCAUGUAGAAGAGGAAGGAAAAGGGAAGGAUGCUUCAGGGAAUAAGAUCAAGGCUGAUCCUGCAAAAGUGGAUACUUUCAGGGCCUCGCUUUCAAAACUAGGAGAUGUUUAUGUCAAUGAUGCUUUUGGAACUGCACACAGAGCUCACAGUUCCAUGGUAGGUGUCAAUCUACCUCAGAAAGCUGCCGGUUUUCUGAUGAAGAAAGAGCUGGAUUACUUUGCUAAAGCUCUUGAGAGUCCAGAACGCCCCUUUUUGGCAAUCCUUGGAGGAGCUAAAGUUCAGGAUAAGAUUCAGCUGAUCAAUAACAUGCUGGAUCAGGUAAACGAGAUGAUUAUUGGAGGCGGAAUGGCUUUCACCUUCCUCAAAGUGCUCAACAACAUGGAGAUUGGCAAUUCUCUGUUUGACGAAGAAGGGUCAAAAAUAGUCAAGGACUUGAUGUCCAAAGCAGAGAAAAAUAAAGUGCGAAUCACUUUGCCUGUGGAUUUCGUCACUGCAGAUAAAUUUGAUGAGAAUGCCAGUACUGGAGAAGCCACAGUGUCCUCUGGGAUUCCUGCUGGAUGGAUGGGCUUGGAUUGUGGUCCUGAGAGCAUCAAGAAGUUUGUUGAAGCUGUGGGCAGAGCCAAGCAGAUUGUGUGGAAUGGUCCUGUUGGUGUGUUUGAGUGGGACAAGUUUGCCAAAGGAACCAAAGCCUUGAUGGAUAAGGUUGUUGAAGUUACAGGAAAAGGCUGUAUCACCAUCAUUGGUGGGGGAGACACUGCUACCUGCUGUGCCAAAUGGAACACUGAAGAUAAAGUCAGUCAUGUGAGCACUGGAGGUGGUGCCAGUCUGGAACUUCUAGAAGGUAAAGUUCUUCCUGGAGUAGCUGCUCUGAGCAAUGUGUAACAGCUAGAACCUGCGAUGGAUAAGAACCUCCUCCCUAGUAUGUUCCUGCACAUCCAGUCCUUAAAGCAGUCGCUGCAGUGCUUCUGUCUCUGUGCACACGGCACAUCCCAGAUGUAAAUUGGAAGUCAAUGGAAUGAUGGAGAUGGCUCCAUUUGCAGUUUACAUAAUGUUGAUUUGCCCACUGUUACCCCACUUGGAGCAACUGUAGUGCAUUAAAUAGUUCUUGUGAGUUAGUGUGUAUAUAUAUAUAUAUAUAUUGCCUUUUAAGAAAGGUUAUAUGGUAGUUUCUGAAAACAAAUUCCUCCGCUCAUCUUCAACCCAGUGUUCAUGGCUACUGCUGUUUCUCACAUUGACACAGUCCAAAUGCAAGAGGUGAAAUUAGAAGUUCCAGAUGUUUACUACAAUAUUGGCUUCUAAAUAAAUGUCUAAAAUAAGA